AUGAUUGACUCAUUCCAUACUAGAAAGAAUCGCAGGAAAUCUUUUGAUAACACGGAUUCCUAUUUCUCAAUCGUAUCCCACGAUCAAGACAAUUGGCUGAAUCCCGUGAAACCAUUUCAGAGAAGUUCAUUGAUAUCUUCUUUUUCUAAAGCAAAUCGACUUCGAUUCUUGAAUAAUCCACAUCACUUCUGCUUCUAUUGUAACAAAAGAUUCCCUUUUUAUGUGGAAAAGGCCCGUCUCAAUAAUUCUGAUUUUACGUAUGGACAAUUCCUCACUAUCUUGUUCAUUCACAACAAAAUAUUUUCUUCGUGUGGUGGUAAAAAAAAACAUGCUUUUUUGGAGAGAGAUACUAUUUCACCUUCGUCAAUCGAGUCACAGGUAUCUAACAUAUUCAUAUCUAACGAUUUUCCACAAAGUGGUGACGAAAGGUAUAACUUGUACAAAUCUUUCCAUUUUCCAAUUCGAUCCGAUCCAUUAGUUCGUAGAGCUAUUUACUCGAUUGCAGACAUUUCUGGAACACCUCUAAUAGAGGGACAAAGAGUAAAUUUGGAAAGAACGUAUUGUCAAACUCUUUCAGAUAUGAAUCUAUCCGAUUCAGAAGAGAAGAGCUUGCAUCAGUAUCUCAAUUUCAAUUCAAACGUGGGUUUGAUUCACACUCCAUGUUCUGAGAAAUAUUUACAGAGGAAAAAACGGAGUCUUUGCCUAAAAAAAUGCGUUGACAAAGGGCAGAUGGAUAGAACCUUUCAACGAGAUAGUGCUUUUUCAACUCUCUCAAAAUGGAAUCUAUUCCAAACAUAUAUGCCAUGGUUCUUUACUUCGACAGGGUACAAAUAUCUAAAUUUGAUAUUUUUAGAUAUUUUUUCAGACCUAUUGCGGAUACUAAGUAGCAGUCAAAAAUUUGUAUCCAUUUUUCAUGAUAUUAUGUAUGGAUUAGAUAUAUCAUGGCGAAUUCUUCAGAAAAAAUUGUGUCUUCCACAAAGGAAUCUGAUAAGUGAGAUUUCGAGUAAGUCUUUACAUAAUCUUCUUCUGUCCGAAGAAAUGAUUCAUCGAAAUAAUGAGUCAUCGUUGAUAUCGACACAUCUGAGAUCGCCAAAUGUUCGUGAGGUCCUCUAUUCAAUCCUUUUCCUUCUUCUUGUUGCUGGAUAUAUCGUUCGUACACAUCUUCUCUUUGUUUCCCGAGCCUAUAGUGAGUUACAGACAGAGUUCGAAAAGAUCAAAUCUUUGAUGAUUCCAUCAUACAUGAUUGAGUUGCGAAAACUUCUGGAUAGGUAUCCUACAUCUGAACAGAAUUCUUUCUGGUUAAAGAAUCUUUUUCUAGUUGCUCUGGAACAAUUAGGAGAUUGUCUAGAAGAAAUACGGGGUUCUGGCGGCAACAUGCUAUGGGGUGGUGAUCCCGCUUAUGGGGUCAAAUCAAUACGUUCUAAGAAGACAGAUUUGAAAAUAAACUUCAUCGAUAUCAUCGAUCUCAUAAGUAUCAUACCAAAUCCCAUCAAUCGAAUCACUUUUUCGAGAAAUACGAGACAUCUAAGUCAUACAAGUAAAGACAUCUAUUCAUUGAUAAGAAAAAGAAAAAACGUGAGCGGUGAUUGGAUUGAUGAUAAAAUAGAAUCCUGGGUCGCGAACAGUGAUUCGAUUGAUGAUAAAGAAAGAGAAUUCUUGGUUCAGUUCUCCACCUUAAGGGCAGAAAAAAGGAUUGAUCAAAUUCUAUUGAGUCUGACUCAUAGUGAUCAUUUAUCAAAGAAUGACUCUGGUUAUCAAAUGAUUGAACAACCGGGAACAAUUUACUUACGAUACUUAGUUGACAUUCAUAAAAAGUAUCUAAUGAAUUAUGAGUUCAAUACAUCCUGUUUAGCAGAAAGACGGAUAUUCCUUGCUCAUUAUCAGACAAUCACUUAUUCACAAACUUCGUGUGGGGCUAAUAGUUUUCAUUUCCCGUCUCAUGGAAAACCCUUUUCGCUCCGCUUAGCCCUAUCCCCCUCUAGGAGUAUUUUAGUGAUAGGUUCUAUAGGAACCGGACGAUCCUAUUUGGUCAAAUACCUAGCGACAAACUCCUAUGUUCCUUUCAUUACAGUAUGUCUGAACAAGUUCCUGGAUAACAAGCCGAAAGGUUUUUUUCUUGAUGAUAUCGAUAUUGAUGAUAGUGACGAUAUUGAUGCUAGUAACGAUAUUGAUCGUGAACUUGAUACGGAGCUGGAGCUUCUAACUAUGAUGAAUGCGCUAACUAUGGAUAUGAUGUCGGAAAUAGACCGAUUUUAUAUCACCCUUCAAUUCGAAUUAGCAAAAGCAAUGUCUCCUUGCAUAAUAUGGAUUCCAAACAUUCAUGAUCUUGAUGUGAAUGAGUCGAAUUACUUAGCCCUCGGUCUCUUGGUGAACUCUCUCUCCAGGGAUUGUGAAAGAUGUUCGACUAGAAAUAGUCUUGUUAUUGCUUCGACUCAUAUUCCCCAAAAAGUGGAUCCCGCUCUAAUAGCCCCGAAUAAAUUAAAUACAUGCAUUAAAAUAAGAAGGCUUCUUAUUCCACAACAACGAAAGCACUUUUUCACUCUUUCCUAUACUAGGGGAUUUCACUUGGAAAGAAAAUGUUCCAUACUAAUGGAUUCGAGUCCAUAACCAUGGGUUCCAGUGCACGAGAUCUUGUAGCACUUACCAAUGAGGCCUUAUCAAUUAGUAUUACACAGAAGAAAUCAAUUAUAGACACUAAUACAAUUAGAUCUGCUCUUCAUAGACAAACUUGGGAUUUGCGAUCCCAGGUAAGAUCGGUUCAGGAUCAUGGGAUCCUUUUCUAUCAGAUAGGAAGGGUUGUUGCACAAAAUGUACUUAUAAGUAAUUGCCCCAUAGAUCCUAUAUCUAUCUAUAUGAAGAAGAAAUCAUGUAACGAAGGGGAUUCUUAUUUGUACAAAUGGUACUUCGAACUUGGAACGAGCAUGAAGAAAUU